UAAAUUAUAAAAAAACAUCAUCGUCCUCUUCCAUCAUCUUCUUCUCACCCUCUCUCUCUCCAACGCAAAGAUCAGACUUGAGACCAAAACCCAAAAAGAGAAGGAAACUUAGUAGAGAGAGUGAUGAGUCCAUCAUCGAGAAAGCUUCAGGUUGUUUCACCAGUUCCGGCUGAUAUUGAUAUAGCUAAUUCCGUCGAGCCUUUACACAUCUCUGAGAUUGCCAAAGAUCUCAAUAUCAACCCACUUCACUACGAUCUCUACGGCAAGUAUAAAGCUAAGGUUUUGUUGUCUGCGUUUGAUGAGCUUCAAGAACAAGAAGAUGGUUACUAUGUUGUUGUUGGAGGGAUUACUCCAACUCCUCUUGGAGAAGGCAAGAGUACUACCACUGUUGGACUUUGCCAAGCCUUAGGCGCUUACCUCGAUAAGAAGGUUGUUACUUGUCUUCGCCAACCAUCACAAGGACCGACCUUUGGAAUCAAAGGAGGUGCAGCCGGUGGUGGGUAUAGUCAGGUCAUUCCUAUGGAUGAGUUCAAUCUUCAUCUCNCUGGUGCUUUUGAUGCUGUGAUUUGUUCCCACCAUGCUCAUGGUGGUAAAGGAGCGGUGGAUCUUGGUAUUGCGGUUGNAAUCGACACUCGGAUUUUCCAUGAGACAUCUCAAUCCGACAAGGCUCUUUUUAAUAGGUUGUGCCCUCCUAAUAAAGAAGGGAAGCGUAGAUUCAGUGACAUUAUGUUCAGGAGAUUGACUAAGCUUGGGAUCUCCAAGACCAGUCCUGAGGAGCUUACUCCCGAGGAGAUAAAGAAAUUUGCUAGGCUUGAUAUUGAUCCUGCUUCUAUCACGUGGAGAAGAGUGAUGGAUGCAGAGAAACAGAUUGAGAUGUACACACAACAAGGCUUCUCGAAUCUUCCCAUAUGCAUGUCGAAGACACAAUAUUCAUUCUCGCAUGAUGCAUCAAAGAAAGGAGCACCUACAGGGUUUGUGUUGCCAAUAAGAGAUGUAAGAGGAAGCAUUGGAGCUGGUUUCAUCUAUCCAUUGGUUGGUACAAUGAGCACAAUGCCUGGACUUCCCACAAGACCUUGUUUCUACGAGAUUGAUAUUGACACCGUCACUGGAAAAGUUCGUGGCCUUUCUUAA